GAAAUAAUAAAAACAAAUCCAUUGAUUUCGUUAAAAUCGCGAAAUUUAUGUACAAUUUCAAUUCAACUUUAAAAAUAACGUUUUUGCCUGAGUCACAUUCCUUUCAGAUAGCCGUAAGCGUAAUUUUUUGCUGCACAAAAACAUGAAGCGUGGCGCGAAAAGACGGAGCUCCGUGUGGACCUGCUUUGAGCAACUCGGUAAAAACUGGGUUCGCUGCAAGAAAUGCCACACCACUUUAAAAUACUGCGGCGGAGCCACCACCUCCAUGAUGGCUCAUAUGACCAGGCACUUGCCCAUUGAACCGCUGGAGGAGGAGGACGACGACGAGAAGCUCGUGAUUUCUGCAGCACCACGCACCGAGGAGGACAGCUCGUCAGAGGCCGCGCAUGGAGCUAGCGCGUCCCCCAACACAAACACGACCGCCUCCCCGCCACCGGAGCGGGAACAGGGGGAGCGAAAACGCACGAGGCGGAGCUCCGUGUGGGAUAUUUUCAUUAAAGAGGACAACGAGGUUCGCUGCACGAUUUGCGACACCAAACUGAAAUAUAUGAGCAGCACCACCAGCAUGAUGUAUCACAUCAAAAACAAGCACGCGGAAAAAGACGCCACGUCUGGCGACGGCGUGACCACGCACGCAGAGGUGACUGAACUUAUCUGCAGAAUGAUAGAAAAGGACAUGUUUCCCAUCAGCGUGGUGAAUGGGGAUGGUUUUCGGGAGCUGCUAGCACACACUGUGCAUGGUUAUAAAAUGCCAUCUGCUGACGACAUCGCACACAGUAUUGAAUACCAUUAUCAGGAGAAGGCAGAGAAGCUCCUGCUGCAGAUGAGGAAAGUGGAGAAAAUGUCUCUCACUGUAGAUUUCUGGGCAGCCCUGCCAUUUCAAAAGUACAUGACAAUUUCAUGCUCAUUCAUUACCGAGGACUGGCAAGGGAGAUCAGCUGUGGUGCACACACACAAGCUGCCCUCAGAGAACCACAACACAGAGAGCAUUACUGAGCUGCUUCUGAGUACAGCCCACUCCUGGGGCAUCGCAGAGAAAGUUAUAACAUGUGUCCACAACGGUACAGAGAAAAUCUGGGCACAUCAAGCGUGCACCUCUGUCAACAUGAACUUUGUGACGUGCUUCGCCACAACGCUGCAGCGUGCGGUCACUGAUGGGCUGAGUGAGGCCCUCCUCCAGAUCGUCGCUGCUGCGGGGAGACUGGUUCAGCAUUUCACUGACAACAUCCUUGCAAGUGAAGCCCUGGAGCAGAAGCAGAUGCAGAUGUGCCUGCCGCAGCACAAGCUCAUUAAGUCGAGCAGAGCUCGAUGGGACACCAUCUGCGAUAUGUUCGAGCGGCUGCUUGUGCACAGGUGGGCGAUUAAAGCCAUUCUCUCUGACCGCACGGUCACAAGCCGACAGGAAGCUCAGGCUCUUGAGAUCGAAGAUGACUGCUGGCAAAUGAUUGAGAACUUCACACCUGUACUGGCGACGCUGAAGUGGGCAACGACAGUGAUAUCUGCUGAGACGGAGGCGUCGAUUUCAAACAUCUACCCGAUAACGUUCAGCCUCAUUCAGAUACACCUUGUGCCUAAAGAGAAUGAUGUUGAACAAGUCCUGGAGUUCAAGCUGAAGGUUCAGAACUCACUUAGAAAGAACAUGGAUGUCGACUCGUGUGAUUUAGCUUCCAAACCAGCUCUGAUUGCCUCGAUGCUGGACCCCCGCCACAAACACCUCAGCUUCCUGACGCCAGCGGGGAGGCUGACUGCAAAGGUUAAACUGCAUGAACUGGUUUCAAAAUUAGAAACAGCCAUUACUGCCAGUCUCCCAAAAGAUGAACAGCAGGAGAUCCCAGUCACACCUGACAUUAGCCAGAUGGCCCAACUCUCAAAAACAAGAAGCAACACCAAAAACACAAUGGCAAUGCUUCUUGGGAGCAACUACAGCUCCUCUUACGCCACCGACUCUGAGGCCCAGGUGGAUUACUACUUGAGGGACAUUGCUCCCUCACUAGACAUAAAUCCUCUUGACUGGUGGAGGGUAAACGGACCAAGAUUUCCCAAAGUGGCAACUCUGGCAAAACAUUAUUUGUGCAUACCUGGCAUUUCACUGCCACCUUUAUUGUCAGAAGCUGGAGAAACCUUUGCGACAAAUCGCACAAGGCUGAGUCCAGAACAUGUCAACAUGAUAAUCUUUGUGAACAGAAAUACAUGAUUUGCAAUACUUACCGUACUGUUCCUAAAGCAAAAAUAAUAAUUAUAUAUAUAUAUAUAUAUAUAUA